UUACUGGCUUGGGGAGAGCGGGUGGCGGAGGGGGACGAGUGUGGCGGAGUGGACAGGGACGGGUGACGGGGAAGAGGUUUCCGGGCAGAGGCUAUUCUACAAUCUGAAGAGGAAGAGGCCGACAGGGAUUUCCACAGUCCAGAAUGGGAGCCGAGCAGAUCCGGUCCCGGAAGCAGGAACCUGCCCGGACAGUGUUUCUCUCCUAAAAACCGGAAGAUUCUGGGGCAUUAUAGAGCGGACUCCCCUCUUAUUCUUUGGAUCUAUUCCUCCAUCAUAGAGAAAGCAAAAAUCUUUGGCCAGACAUUUAGAGGUCUUUGUCUCUCUCCCUUUCCAAUAUAAUUGUGAGAAUGCAUCUCGAUGGAGGGGACUAACGUUUUAAUAAGCAUGCGUGAGGACCCCGGUUUUCACGUGCGCUACAGAAUGGAGGCGUCCUGUCUGGAGCUGGCCUUGGAAGGAGAACGGUUGUGUAAAGCCGGGGACUGUCGAGCUGGAGUGUCCUUCUUUGAGGCAGCGGUGCAGGUGGGCACAGAAGAUCUGAAAACGCUCAGUGCCAUAUACAGCCAGCUGGGCAAUGCCUAUUUCUACCUGCAUGAAUAUAACAAGGCAUUGGAAUAUCACCACCACGACCUGACGCUAGCAAGGACUAUUGGUGACCGACUUGGAGAAGCCAAAGCUAGCGGGAAUCUUGGAAAUACUCUGAAAGUUUUGGGUAAUUUUGACGAAGCCAUUUUAUGUUGUGAGCGGCAUUUGGAGAUCUCUCGGGAGUUGUAUGAUAAGGUUGGGGAGGCCAGAGCCCUAUAUAACCUAGGGAAUGUGUACCACUCCAAGGGUAAGAGCCUGGCAUGCACAGGGACCAGAGACCCUGGAGAGUUCCCAGAGGAGGUCAAGAUUGCUUUACAGAAGGCCGUGGAUUACUAUGAGUUAAACUUGUUAAUAGUAACAGAGCUGGGGGACAGAGCCGCUCAAGGACGCGCAUAUGGAAACCUGGGAAAUACUCACUAUUUACUUGGAAAUUUUCGAAAAGCCGUCAUGUCCCACGAGCAGCGGCUGUUAGUUGCCAGGGAGUUUGGUGACCGAUCUGCAGAAAGAAGAGCUUACAGUAAUCUUGGAAAUGCCUUUAUCUUCCUGGGUGAAUUUGAAAUGGCAGCGGAGUACUACAAAAGAACGCUUCAACUGGCCCGGCAAUUGAAGGACAGGGCGGUAGAAGCGCAGAGCUGUUACAGCUUGGGCAAUACCUACACUCUACUUCAGGACUAUGAAAAGGCCAUUGACUAUCAUCUCAAGCAUCUCGUCAUCGCUAAGGAACUUAAUGACAGGGUAGGAGAAGGUCGGGCAUGUUGGAGUCUGGGGAAUGCAUAUACUGCCUUAGGAAACCAUGACCAAGCUGUGCACUUUGCAGAGAGGCACCUGGAAAUCUCAAGAGAGUUGGGGGACCGUAACGGAGAGCUGACUGCACAACUGAACCUCUCUGACCUGCAGAUGGUGCUUGGACUAAGCUACAGUACCAAUACGUCUGUGCUCUCCGAGGUUCCUGAUUCAGAAAGCAGCUUACUUGGUGCGCGGCCACGUCUGAGCAGACGUCACAGCAUGGAGAACCUUGAGCUCGUGAAGCUAACGCCGGACAGGGUGGAGAACUGGAACAUUGAGAUCCUCACAAAGCAGAAAUCUCUUCUGUCCAAGCCUUCUGCUAAGCUCAUGUUUGUUAAUAAACUUAAGGGCAAGAAGUUUAAGAACAGUGCAUCCAAAGUCCUGCAGGACACCAGUAACUCUUCAGAUGCCAACAGGAAGAUGACAAACUCCCAGCGGAAAUCUGCGGUCCCAGACAGUAUUGGAGAUGAAGGAUUCUUUGAUCUUUUGAGUCGAUUUCAAAGCAACCGAAUGGAUGAUCAGAGGUGCAGUUUGCAGGGCAAAAACCUCUUGACUACAGCGACAUCAACGCCUCCAAAAUCCAUGAGAAAAUCCUUAUCUGCAUCUGUCGUAUCUCCUCAUACUGAGGAGUUUCUGGACCUCAUAGCAAGCUCACAGAGUCGGAGGUUGGAUGAUCAGAGGGCCAGCUUCAGCAAUCUGCCUGGACUGAAAAUCAACCAACAGCGCAGUAACUCUGUCCUGGACCACCUGAUGGCCACCGAGAACCGCGAGCCAGAUGACGAUUUCUUUGACAUGCUGGUGAAAUGUCAGGGAUCACGGUUAGAUGACCAACGCUGCGCUCCUCCACCCACCCAAAAAGGUCCCACAGUCCCAGAUGAAGACUUCUUCAGUCUUAUUCUGCGUGCACAGGCCAAGCGCAUGGAUGAACAGAGGGUGACGCUAUCAUCACACCUAAGGAGACCGAACUCGAGCUAGGGGAAAGGAUAUUGUGCCCUUUCCUGCAAUCUGCUAAUCUUAGAGGUU